AUGCCAGUAAAACCAACCCCUGUCGGACCCUACAAGGCAAUCCUAUUCGAUAUCGGCGGCGUCGUCGUCGGGUCACCCUUCCAGGGCAUCGCCGACUUUGAGCUCCAACACAACCUCCCCGUCAACUACCUCAACGUUGCCAUUACGAGGGCGGGGCAUAAUGGCGCAUUCCAGAGACUGGAACGAGGAGAGGUGGACCUGUGGUCGUUUUAUGACGCCUUUUCGGAUCAGCUCUCUGACCCCAGGAAUGUAGCCGCCUACGCCAAAUACGCUGAAUUGCGUUCAAAAGCCUUCGACGAAAAGUCAUUCAAGGCUCCAAAGGUGGACGGCAGAGCUCUCUUCCAUCAAAUGAUGUCCAAGGCCGCCGUCGUAAACCCCUACAUGGUUGAAGCAAUCGCCGCCCUCCGCAAAGCCGGAUACACCGUCGCCGCCCUCACCAACAACUUCAACUACCCCUCUGACGAGCGCGGACAACGGGAGCAGGAUCUCAUCCUCAAGGAAACCGCGGAUUCUUUCUUAACAGCAGCAAAGACUACGGCUGGCACAAAGGGACCAGGAGCAAUCGUGAUGGGCCAGGAUCAAUUGAAGACGUUGUUUGACCAUUUCAUCGAAUCGGCCAUCUUGGGGCUGAGGAAACCGGACCCUGCGAUUUACAAGAAGGCUGCCGAAAUUGUUGGAUUCAAGUCUGAGGAGAUUGUGUUCUUCGACGACAUUGGCGCAAACCUGAAGGCGGCACAAAAUGAGGGUUGGACUACUAUCCGUGUCCUCUUGGGUAAGCCAAGGCAGGCGAUUGAACAACUCGAGUCCAUCUUGGGUAUCACUCUCCUUGCUCCCGAGUCCAGACUUUGA